CUUGCCGAGGACUUGAAGGAUCCGGGGGAUAAAGAUGGUCUGGUUCCCAGCUCUUGGGUUCCUCUUAUUGGUCCACUUGGUGGCCCCUCAGGCGCCGAGAGCGGGACCUCCAGGACCACCCGGCCCACCUGGACCUUCUGGAAUACCAGGCAAGGAUGGAAUAGAUGGUGAAGUCGGACCCGCUGGUUUACCUGGACCCGCAGGUCCAAAAGGUGCCCCAGGAAAACCAGGAGAAGCUGGAAAAGCUGGCUUGUCUGGGCUUCCAGGAAUUGAUGGACUCACCGGACCUGAUGGGAAGGCUGGACCUGAUGGACCUCCAGGAGGAAGAGGGGAUAUUGGACCACCUGGACCAGAUGGACCCCCAGGAAGAGGACCAACUGGACCUCCUGGUCUAGCUGGACCGAGUGGCUUACCAGGCGGUAAAGGACCCCAGGGACCAUCGGGACCUGCAGGUCAACCUGGCCUUCCUGGCCCCCCAGGCCCACCAGGCCCUCCGGGUCUUCCAGGAGUUGUUCCCGACAGCAACGGAGAUUUGCAGUGUCCGGCUGUUUGCCCACCUGGCCCACCCGGUCCCCCUGGCAUGCCAGGAUUUAAGGGUCACACAGGGCACAAAGGAGAUAUAGGGGAGUCUGGAAAGGAUGGACAGAAGGGAGACCCAGGACCACCGGGACCAGCAGGAAUCCCUGGCAGUGUGGGCUUACAGGGCCCAAGAGGUGGAAGGGGCUUAGUCGGACCCCAGGGACCAGGAGGAGACAGGGGAGACACCGGAUUUAGGGGACCCUCCGGCGCUCCAGGACCACCUGGGAAAGCUGGGGAUCAAGGUGUGAGGGGGCCCCAGGGAUACCAAGGGCCAAAGGGAGACACGGGCAAACCAGGACCUAAAGGGAUGCCUGGAGGUCUGGGCCCUAUAGGAGAACCGGGAAUGCUUGGAAAGGAUGGACGAGAUGGGACCUCUGGCCUGGACGGUGCGAAGGGUGAUCAAGGACGGCCAGGAGUUCCUGGAGAGAAGGGACCAAAUGGGCUACCUGGGCUUGGGGGUAAAGCUGGAACAAAGGGAGAAAAAGGUCAGCUGGGCAGCAAUGGAGAGCUGGGAGAAGCUGGACCCUCUGGAGAGCCAGGUAUUCCCGGUGAAGCCGGCCCCCCAGGAGAGAGAGGAGAAGCCGGCCCCAGAGGAGUGGCUGGUGGAAUUGGAUUACAAGGACCCAUUGGAGUUGCCGGAGUGAGAGGCUUCCAGGGUCCAAAAGGCAACAUUGGUGACCCUGGCUUACCAGGACCUACUGGCAUCCGUGGUGGAUUUGGUGAGCGGGGUCCAGUAGGAGCUUCGGGACCCAAAGGAAGCGAGGGUAUCGCUGGCUCUGAUGGACUUCCAGGAGAGAAGGGAGAAAUGGGACCGUUUGGACCAGUUGGACAGAAGGGAGAGCCAGGAGUGAGAGGUGAACUAGGUCCUAAGGGUAUUUCUGGGCCCAACGGCACAGCUGGAGUACUAGGCGUUCCCGGCCCACCAGGACCAAUGGGAUUCCAAGGAGAACAAGGCGUUCCAGGAUUAACCGGGAAAUCUGGAGUCCCUGGCAAGCUGGCCAGCGAGCAGCAAAUUCGGGAGUUGUGCGGUGGAAUGAUUAGCGAUCAAAUUGCACAGCUAGCUGCUAAUCUCAGAAGGCCUUUGGCUCCAGGAGCAGUUGGUCGGCCAGGUCCUCCUGGGCCACCUGGACCUCAAGGUGAAAUUGGACGUGUAGGACAUCCUGGUGCUCGUGGACCACCUGGAUAUAGUGGGCCAACCGGAGAACUGGGUGAUCCCGGUUCUAGAGGUUUGUCAGGCGACAAAGGCGACAAAGGAGCAGUUGGACGAGGCAUCGAUGGUCCACCUGGUGAUCAAGGAGAACAAGGUGCCCUAGGAGCCCUUGGCAUAAGUAUAGACGGCCGGGACGGUUCCUACGGCGAGCCCGGUUACCCUGGAGAGUCUGGAAGACCCGGUGCGAUAGGAGCCCAUGGUACCCCGGGAAUAUGCGACACCUCCGCUUGUCAAGGUGCCAUGGCUGCAGAAAAAUCGGGUUCCAGGAAGUCAUAAACAUGACAGCGAACUAAGAGAAGGAACUGUCUUUAAUACAGCCCUCUGUCACAAAACAAGACCUUGCCAAGCAUCCAGAGCGGUGGGUCUGUAUCCCCAAAACGAAUGGUGGAGACCAACAUCAAUACAGUAAUGAAACAGGAGAACAUCUGAUAAAAGUAUCUUAGGUGAUUUUCUUUUUGUUUAUACGUUAACUA